AUGAUUGAGUUUGUGGACGACUUGUUCAAGGCUUUGUAUAAGGAAGUGGAAACCAUAUGUGCACCACCAAAGAUUAAGGAGUUUUCUUGGUCAACUCCUUCAUGUACAGAACAACAGCACAAGAAUGAUAGUGGGGUUUGGGUGUGCGUCAGGAUGAUGGGUGCAUCCUGGGAUUCUCACUAUGGCAUUUGGCCUUGUGGUGAUAGGAGGAGAAUGCAAGUGGCUCUGUACCUUGUCAAAGAGCCAACAAAUUACAUAAGGCACAAAGUUCUCAAGAAAGCAAUUGCAAAUGCGCCGAGGUUUAGAGCUCAGAUACUUGAUUACAUAGAAGCAAGCAAUAAGAAGGAAAACAAGGGAUUAUGA